AUGCGUUAUCAACUCGCUAUCGCAGCCCUUCAAGCUGCCGUCUCUUUCAGUUCUGUAAAGGCGCAGAACUCUUCUUUCAGUGAGACACACGUCUCGGAGAUUCCCGAGUCAGAGGUCGUUGCUCUUGCUCAGAUUGUUGAAGAUGACCCUGGAGAUGUUUUCACUCUUCAGAAGGACUGGUUGAGUCCAGAGUAUGCUUUGAUCUAUAAAGUUGCUCUUCCUAUCCCUCCAGUCAAGGAGCCGACCAAGAAAGUCAUCAGUCCUGUCACUGGAAAGGAAAUCUGGUACUAUGAGUUGGAGAUCAAGCCUUUCAGUCACCAGGUCUAUCCCAACCUCCGUCCCGCCACUCUUGUUGGCUACGACGGGAUGUCUCCUGGCCCCACUCUGAUCAUCCCCCGCGGCACCGAGUCUGUGGUUCGUUUCAUCAACAACGCUGCCCGUGAGAACUCUGUUCAUCUCCAUGGAUCCUACUCCCGUGCGGCCUUUGAUGGCUGGGCGGAGGAUAUUACCAAUCCGGGAGAGUACAAGGAUUACUACUACCCCAACCAGCAGUCAGCCAGAACGCUGUGGUAUCAUGAUCACGCAAUGCACUUGACCGCCGAAAACGCAUACAUGGGUCAAGCUGGAGCUUAUCUCAUCAGCGAUCCGGCCGAGGACGCUUUGAACUUGCCUACUGGCUACGGCGUUUAUGACAUCCCUUUGGUUCUCACUUCCAAGCAGUACAACGAUGACGGAACACUGUUCUCGACCGUUGGGGAGAAGGACAGCUUGUGGGGUGAUGUGAUUCACGUCAAUGGUCAGCCCUGGCCAUUCCUGAACGUCGAACCCCGCAAGUAUAGAUUCCGCCUCUUGGACGCUUCCGUCUCUCGUGCAUUUGCUCUUUACCUCGUCAACUCCAAUGCUCCCAACGGCAAGCUGCCUUUCCAGGUCAUUGCAGCUGAUGGUGGCCUCUUGACCAAGCCUGUGCAGGUCUCUGAUCUUUACGUGUCUGGUGCUGAGCGGUACGAAAUCAUCAUCGACUUUUCCAAGUACGCUGGACAACAGCUUGAGAUCCGAAACUUCCCCAAGGCCGGGGGCGUCGGAGUUGAGGAUGACUACCUGAACACCGACAAGGUUAUGAAGUUCAUCGUCGGCACCGCCGCCUCUUCCCCCGACACGUCCAGCGUUCCGGAGACUCUGCGAACUGUCCCAUUCCCUACCUCAACCGGAAACGUCAUCGACCAUCACUUCAGAUUCCACCGCACCAAUGGUGAAUGGCGCAUCAACGGCGUCGGAUUCGCUGAUGUCGAGAACCGCAUGCUCGCCAACGUUCCCCGAGGCACCGUUGAGAUCUGGGAGCUGGAGAACAGCUCUGAUGGAUGGUCCCACCCUAUCCAUGUCCACCUUGUCGACUUCAAGGUCAUUGCCAGAGAUGGCGAUCGCGGUGUUAUGCCCUACGAGGCAGAGGGUCUCAAGGAUGUUGUCUGGCUCGGCCGUGGAGAGUCUGUUCUCGUCGAGGCUCACUACGCGCCGUGGGAUGGAGUCUACAUGUUCCACUGCCACAACCUGAUUCACGAGGACAGUGACAUGAUGGCGGCAUUCAAUGUCACCACUCUUCCUGACUGGGGCUACAACGAGACCACUUUCAUUGACCCCAUGGAAGAUCGCUGGAGGGCUAAGCCUUACGUCAUGGCCGACUUGCGCACCCGCGCUGGCCCCUUCUCCGACAGCGCCAUUGAGGAGUCGAUCCAGUUUAUGGCCAACACUGAGGCAUACAGCAAGAUUGAUGAAGUCAAUGACGCUCUCGAGCAGUACUGGUCAUCUCACUGA